GCCAUAAUCGCUCUAUCGGGAGAUUUCCCAGGAAGCGCAAAUAUGUCAUCAUUCACCGCCGGUCAAAACAGUUAGAGAGGAAAACGGCAAGAAGUGACGGCUCGGUUAUGCCUUGAGAACCGGCAGACGGGUGUUUCUCGUUGCUGUUACAAGGUUUCUUGAAAGAAAAAUGUCAAACAGGAUGCAUCUGCUGUAGGAUCCUGUUGCCAUAGACCUGCAUUGUACAAAUAUUUGAAAUGAAUAGCUGACAACAUUUCAAGGUGGACAAUGAAGCCUCUUGUCUGAUAACAUGCGCUACCAACAUUUCUGUACUGCAUUUCCAUGCCUUGAAGAUCCUUUCUAUUAAAUAGGCUACUCAGAUGACACAUCAUUCCUCUCCUGUCCCCUGAGGGCUUGGCUUCACUAUUCAGGCCAGCCCCCUGAGCUGACAUCAGCUGCUUUAGCCUUAGUAGCAGCACUAUAUCACACCCUAACAGAAGAUGCGGCUGCUAGAUUGAGGUGCCAGCUAUGAAGUAGCGUAAACAGACACUGAUGUGACAACAGACUGCUCUGAAGUACAGAGCAGAGGAUGAAGUGAUUCCACAAUGCCUGUCGACACAAUGGCGCCCAAAGACAUCAUGACAAACUCUCAUGCCAAGUCAAUCUUAAAUACUAUGAACUCUCUUCGCAAGAGCCAGACAUUAUGUGAUGUGACACUCCGCGUAAAUAUGAAGGAUUUUCCUGCUCAUCGUAUAGUCCUAGCUGCCUGCAGUGAUUAUUUUUGCGCAAUGUUUACUAAUGAGUUAUCUGAGAAAGGCAAACCAUAUGUGGAUAUCCAGGGACUCACAUCAUGUACAAUGGAAAUCCUACUGGACUUUGUAUAUACAGAGACUGUUCAUGUUACUGUAGAAAAUGUACAGGAACUCCUGCCAGCGGCAUGCUUGCUUCAGCUGAAAGGUGUCAAGCAGGCAUGCUGUGACUUUCUGGAGUCGCAGCUUGAUCCAUCCAACUGUUUAGGAAUUCGUGACUUUGCAGAGACUCAUAAUUGCUUGGACCUGAUGCAGGCUGCUGAAGUGUACAGUCAGAAGCACUUCCCAGAGGUGGUACAACAUGAGGAGUUUAUGUUGCUGCAGCAAGAAGAAGUGGAGAAAUUAAUCCGAUGUGAUGAGAUUCAGAUUGACUCUGAAGAGCCUGUGUUUGAGGCAGUUAUAAACUGGGUGAAACAUAACAAACAACAUAGAGAAAAAUCUCUUCCGCAGCUUCUCCAAUAUGUUCGCAUGCCUUUGCUGACUCCGCGCUACAUCACCGAUGUAAUAGACUCCGAGCCCCUAAUCAGGUGUAGUUUACAAUGCAGAGACCUGGUGGAUGAGGCGAAGAAAUUUCAUUUGCGUCCAGAGUUGCGUAGUCAGAUGCAGGGCCCAAGAACUCGAGUGCGGCUAGGAGCCAAUGAGGUACUACUUGUCAUAGGUGGAUUUGGUAGCCAACAAUCUCCUAUAGAUGUUGUGGAGAAAUAUGACCCCAAAACUCAAGAGUGGAGUUUUCUUCCGAGUAUAACACGCAAGCGACGCUACGUGGCCACAGUAUCACUCGGGGACCGUGUCUAUGUUAUUGGAGGGUAUGAUGGACGUUCACGUCUCAGCUCUGUAGAAUGCUUGGAUUACACCUCAGAAGAGGAUGGCGUGUGGUACUCCGUGGCUCCUAUGAAUGUAAGGAGAGGCCUUGCUGGGGCCACUACUUUAGGAGAUAUGAUAUAUGUGUCCGGUGGAUUCGAUGGAAGUCGGCGGCACACGAGUAUGGAACGCUAUGACCCAAACAUUGAUCAGUGGAGCAUGCUAGGUGAUAUGCAAACAGCACGUGAAGGAGCAGGACUUGUUGUGGCCAAUGGGGUUAUUUAUUGUCUAGGUGGUUAUGAUGGUUUAAACAUUCUGAGUUCUGUUGAAAGAUAUGAUCCUCACACUGGGCACUGGAGCCACGUGACGCCCAUGGCUACGAAACGCUCAGGUGCUGGUGUGGCGCUCCUCAAUGAUCACAUAUAUGUGGUGGGAGGUUUUGAUGGAACUGCUCAUCUUUCAUCUGUGGAAGCCUACAAUAUUCGUACAGACUCCUGGACAACAAUGACUAGCAUGACUACACCACGCUGCUAUGUUGGAGCCACAGUUUUACGUGGUAGACUGUAUGCCAUAGCUGGGUAUGAUGGUAAUUCACUACUGAACAGUGUUGAAUGCUACGAUCCAGUUAUUGACAGUUGGGAUGUAGUUACUUCCAUGGCAACACAGCGCUGUGAUGCUGGUGUCUGUGUCCUUCGGGAAAAAUGAGAACAAAGACUGUAAUACUGGAACUGAAUUGUCCUGCUGGACUAUACUAUGUGGGAAAAAUGUGAAUUUUGACCUCCACUUAAAUAGAAAAAAAAUACACAUGCCUGCCAACCACUGGAGCUUAUUGAAACUGGCAAAGACAAAGGUCAUUCUAAACUGUGAAACAAAAGGUGCCUCAUCAUUGUGCCACAGACCUCUGUUUAUAAGACUUUUGAUAUCAAACUACAUUUCAGUAUCGGAAAUAACUAUUUUUAGUGCAAAAUUUUUCGUGGAUGGUGCAUUGAAGGUUACGACUUAUACUGUCUUGUGCCAAGGGAAUGCCAUUUGACACAUACAUGCACGAAUAUGCACUUAACUGAAUUCUAUAUUGUAAAUAAAAAAAUAUAAACUUGUUUAAAACUGUUAUAUUACAGGGACACUCCAGACCCUACCUGUCAUACUGUAAGUUAAAUGCUUUAUCUUGAUAUAUAAUUACCUAUUUUACUUAAAGGGGUUAUUCCAGUAUUUAAAUUUGCUAUACACUGGAUAGGGUAUAACUGAUCUGAAUACUGAAACACCCACCGAUCAGGAGAAGAGAGGUCUAUACUUCCCAACAGUGUACCUAUUCUGUGGAUAGAUAAUAACUUUGAAUGUUAGGAAAAGCAACAUCUACCUACUUUCUGACACUCAAUCUUCUUGCUAAAUCUGGCACAUCUUUUCUAUGUUUAGAAUUGUGUCAUUGAAAUGUUUGGCAAUAAACAGGUUAGAAAACUAG